GACCUACAUCAUGUAUCACGGCACCACCUGGGCGCGUGCUCAGGAGAUCCUUAGGACAGGUUUCCGUCAAUCUAAAGAUGGGAUGCUUGGUCCUGGGGUCUACCUCAGCAGAGACCUGAAGAAAGCCAGUCACUAUCCUAUUGGUCAUCCUGAAGAGGACAAGGUGGUCAUCAAGGUAAAGGUCAACGUGGGGAAGGUGAAAGCCAUCAAUCGGCAGAAUCACCCUAUGCAGAAGACCUGGCAUCAGAAUGGAUACGACACCGCCUGGGUGCCGCCCAACUGUGGGAUGGUGCCGAGCGGCUGGGAGGAGGACUGCGUCUGGGAUCCCCGUCGAAUCGAGAUCAUUCGGCUGAUCAAGCCCAGUGUCUUUCACCUGAUUACCCCGCAACCAGCUGAUGACCGGACCUACAUCAUGUAUCACGGCACCACCCGGGCGUGUGCUCAGAAGAUCCUUAAGACAGGUUUCCGUCAAUCUAAAAAAGGGAUGCUUGGUCCUGGGGUCUAUCUCAGCAGAGACCUGCAGAAAGCCAGUCGCUAUCCUAUUGAUCAUCCUGAAGAGGACAAGGUGGUCAUCAAGGUAAAGGUCAACGUGGGGAAGGUGAAAGCCAUCAAUUGCCAGAAUCACCCUAUGCAGAAGACCUGGCAUGAUCAUGGAUUCGACACCGCCUGGGUGCCGCCCAACUGUGGGAUGGUGAAGAGCGGCCUGGAGGAGAACUGCGUCUGGGAUCCCAGUAGAAUCAAGAUCAUUCGGCUAAUCGAACCCACAAAAGUCCCAGCCCAGCCUGAUUACAUGUAAAAGCAAGCAAUAAGUGCUUCAUUUUGUACAAGCAAAUAUAUUUGGAUAAAAUCUAUUUUGUAAUCUUUGUCAUUUUGACCUGAAAAAUAAAAGAUCUCAUAUUAAAAUAUA